AUGGGGGAUGCGGGCCUGCGCGCGGCUGUCCUUUUCCUUCUUGUCCUUCUUCUUCUUCACCUGGGCGUGUCCCGCACAACUGACGAUGGGGAGCCACCGGGGGGAUCCAACACCUACUCUCUCCAUUUUAAAAAUAAGCAAAGAUACGUAGUUCGCAGGGACGCGGGGUCCCCCUACAAAAGUUUCUUCCUUUACGUGGAGGAGGUUCAAAAGACAUCCGUCGUGUACCCCCUCAGAUAUGUCAACGACCCCCCGAUUAAAUACUUCGAGCAAAUUGUCCCCUACACGAGGAGAGAAAUAAAGGGAAAAAAUUUAAAGAACUUUUGUGAAGAAAAUAAAAAACUCUACCAACAUGUGAACAAUCGGGAGAUCUGCUUCUGCUGCCAUUGCAGUCCCCACCCCGUCUUCCCCCUCUACUCACACUUAAAGUAUAAGAGGCAGAAGAUCUUUUGUCGCAGGAGGGUGACGGACGGGGAGGAGGCAGUCAUUCUUACCCUGAAGUGCUUAAGGAGAAGCAAAAGAAAGUACCACUCCUUUUUCGUGCAAAGGAGUUUAAACUCCUUCAUGGUUAAGGUCACCUUGCAGGAGUUCAAUCUGAAUGAUGAGUUUUUCCUGAGUAGAAAUGACAAAUCGGCGCUGGAGAGCAGGACCUACCUGCUGGACCCCUCGAACACUGAAAUUGAUGACGAGGUAUUCAAUGUCCGAUUGAAGUUCCUCCCGGAGAGGACACACCGGGGAGGGUCCAUCGAGGGGAAUUACCUUUUCAUUGAUUCGGACGUGUUUAAAAGGAGGGUAGUCUUGGAUGACUCCUUUACAGACGAGGAGGUGCUGGAGAAUGGCCUCAUCGUGAGCGCAGACCACGUGGACGAGAAGGGCAUGGAGUGCAACAAAGUCAUGGCGUACCCAAAUGUGUGGGAAGAGAAAAAAGGGUUUUGUCAACACGGAAGGAACCACUGCCUGAAGGGGCAGCUCACUGAGUUUAUUAAGUUGGAGGGGAGGUUAGAGGUGAAGAAGAAGGUGCGGUACAACUACUCCUUUAUCAUGGCCAGGAAGGACCGCCUGGGGGGGGCUGCGAUUGGCGGUUCGGGUAACGGUGAUGCGAACCGCGCAAUGCAUGGGAACCCCGCUCCCCCCCCGCGGGAACUUCAGGAGGACUACUACAUGGGUCUGCAAAAACGCUCACACAACUUUGCUCAAAUGACAUCGCAUGCCGGGGAGGGCCUAAACAUAACGUACGAAGAAGACGUACAUGGAGAGUCGGUCUCCCUUGUACACAUGCUGCGUAACUGCUACGACUUUAACAAUGAAGUCGACCCGUUCUGCUCUGUGUACAUAAGCAUAUGGAAUGCAGAGGACGUGGAGAAGGAAGUAACGGUUUCCAUUAACUGUUCGAAGAAGAUGGUGGUUGAUGAGACUACACUCAGGAGGACACUUGUAUUGUUAAAGAAGGAGGAUAGUAGUGUGGUGAUUAAGUUUAAACCGAUCGCAGAUUUGCUCGUCACCCCCUGCAGAGUGGUGGUGCAACGUCAACAGGGCCCACCCCAACCGCAGCAGCAGAAGGGGAACAUCCGGGGGGAAAGCCACAAGGGUGGGCAUAGAGGUAGUGGGGAAGAGGGCCAAGAGGACUUAGCCACCGAGCAGUACUUCAAGUUUUUCCUUCGUAGCAGCGAGGAAAAGGAAGAGACACCGGGGAGGAUCAUUUGGAACAGCCCCCUGCACUUCCACCACGUCAGUGGGGAUAUCAUUCAAUUGCAUAAAAAAAGACUUGAGCUGCUGGAACAAGAGGACGAGGGUGCAGAUGGAGGAGGAGGAAGAGCGACAAUUCCCUUUAGCGGUUAUUCAAUAAGUGUGAAAGUUUUUUUUCUCCUCCUGAGCAUCAUCCUGGUACUCACCUUUGUCGUCCCCAGUGUGCACCCACUCAACGGGUUCUUGCUCAAACGGAAAUGGUUCUACACCUUGAGGAAGGUUCGCAUGUUUUUCAUUUGGCUCAUACAAGACGCGUGUCGCUUUGUUCAUGUGAUUGUGAAACGAACCUUUAAAGGGGUUAAGUGUGUCUUGGUGAAGGUGUACAGGGCUGUCUUCAGGGGAAGACGUAAGCGAAGGAAGAAAGAGCAGCAGAUUAUUGGGGAUUCCUACCUGCACAAACAGAUGCGCAGGAGAAAGAAGGAUGAGAGAAGGAGAAAAAAAAAGUUGAAGGGGGACAAGUUGAUCAGGGAACAGGAGGAGAUGCGAAGAAGAAGGCACAAAAGGUUAAUGCUCCACGAGGAGCAGUGUAAGGGGGGGCGCCACCACUCGAGGAGAGGUCAAUCAAAGGGGGGAGAUUCUUCCUCUGCCCCUUCCCCCUGCUGCGAAAGAAGCGAAAGAAGCGAAAGCAGCGCAAGCGGCGACAGGAGUGAGCACGUCCGUCGCCCUAAAAGGGACGGAGCACGAGGGAAGAAAAAUCACAGAACAAGGAAUUCAAGCAAAAGGGGCGAGGGGGGAAAGACAAACAGGGUAGUUGCUUCACCCCACUAG